AUGUCUUCUUCCACCGAUCUCUAUUCCGUGAAGCCCUUCAAAACUCAAUGGAGAGUUUACGUGAAGAUAUUGAAGGUGUGGAAACAAUAUUUGAAUGGUGUAGAGACGUUGGAAAUGGUUGUUGUUGAUGAGAAGAAUCAAACCAUGCAUGUAACUUUGAAGAAGGAGUUCAUCAAGAAAAAUGAAAAUCUGUUAGAGGAAGGUGCCUCUAGAAUUUUCACAAAUUUUCAAGUGGCUCAUAACGGUGGUAAGUUCAGGACCAGCCCUCACGUUUACAAAAUCCUUUUCGCAUCAACUAAAUCUGUCAAACCGGCAGAAGAAAUGGAUCCAAGAAUCUUAGGUUUCAAGUUCGUCAAGUUUAGUGAUAUUCACGAAGGCAAAAUGAAUCCAGAUUUCUUGAUAGAUGCUAUUGGACAAAUUGUGAGCAUUGGGGAUGUGGAGAUCUUGAAUGUUGGAAAGAGACAGACAAAGAGGCUUUCUAUGGAGAUCCGUGAUACAGAAAAUGUUCGACUUAAUUGUGUUCUUUGGGGUCAAUUCGCUGAAAAUCUUGAAAGUGUGGCUCAACAUGCAAAUGAUGUUGUGAUUGUUGCUGUUUUGCGGUUUGGAAAGUUAAAACUUUAUCAAGGUGUUUGGAGUGUUGGCAAUUGCUACAACUGUUCAAUGGUCAUUACUGAUCCAGUCUUUCCAGAGAGUUUGGCUUUUAAAGAGAGAUUGCUAAAAGAUGGUUUAACUCUGACCUAUACCCAUCCAAAUCAGUUGACUAUUGUCAAUUCUGUAUCAGUAAGGGACGAUUUCUUCUUGCAUAGUCCUCGAAAGACUAUUAGCGAGAUUAUUGCUGCUUCUGAGGUUGUCAAAUGUGUUACCAUGGCCACAAUUAUGUCUAUUGACACUGAGUAUGGUUGGUAUUACAUGUCAUGCGGAGCCUGUUCUAAAAAGGUUCUCCCUCAUGAUAUGGAUUACUUAAAAGAAUUGUAUCCUAGGAAAACAUUUAAGAAACAAUUGUGGCAGUGCAAAAAAUGCAAUGAGGAUGUUGAGAAUGUUUAUCUAUCGUUUAUGUUGACUUUCCGUGUCAUGGAUAAUACUGGUGAAACUAAAUUCCUCUUAUUUGAUCAAGAGGCAAAAGAAGUUGUAAACCAAUCUGCUGCUCAGUUAACUCAGUCUGUUAAUGAGAUUCAGGAUCCUGAUGUCUUGCCCUUAGCUUUGAGCAAUAUUUGUGGUAAAACGUUUCUAUUCAAGAUUGCAAUUGCAAGCUCAAAUGUUGUUUUCAAUAGUGACACAUACAAGGUCAUCAGUAUAAUUACACAAAGUGAUGUGGUUAAGGAGUUUUCUGAAAUCUCUACUCCUCAGAGCACUCCAAGUAUCAAGAUAGAGGAAAAAGCUCACAAUGCUCUUGAUGAAAAGGUUCCUCUAAUGAUUAUGGAUGAUGAUGAUGCUGAAAUUACACCUACUUCUAAACGCAAAAGCAAUGAAAAGUUGGAAGUGAUUAAGGAUACUGAUGAGUAUUCAGCUGCAAAGAAGAAGUGUAAGGAUGAGAAAACUGUUCAGACUAAUCCAAGUACUCUACCCCUUAAGACCGUGAAAACAGAGAAGCCGUGUUUAAGAACCGAAAUCAGUUAUUGGAACUACUUUGUUAUGCAUUUAUCCGUCUGA